AUGUCUUCCGAACAAUACCUCGCCGGCAAAACUGCCAUUGUUACAGGCUCAUCCAAGCUCAACGGUAUCGGUGCCGCAACAGCUCUCGCUCUCGCCAAGCAUGGUGCCAACAUUGUGAUUCACUAUGCUUCCAACAAAGAAGCUGCCGAGAAAGUUGUUGCACAAGUCAAGGAAACCGGAGUCCAGGUCAUUGCUGUCAAAGCAGAUUCGUCGUCCGAAUCAUUCGGCACUGAUCUCGUCAAGACUACUUUGGAAGGCCUCAACACAAAGACAAUCGACAUUAUUGUCAACAACGCAGGUCAAGCAAUCGCGCAUCCCGAGAUCGCAGCUAUUGAAGCAACCAACUGGGACGACAUCUUCAGAACCAACGUCCGAGGUCCAUUCCUCCUUAUCCAAGCCGCUCUUCCUCACAUGACCCGUGGAGGUCGCAUCAUCAACAUCGGCAGCAUAGCUGGAAAACUUGGAAUUCCUGCGUUGACCGUUUAUGGAACCUCCAAGGCUGCCCUGACAUUUAUGUCGACUGCCAUGGCGGGCGAGUUAGCACUAAAGGGGAUCACUAUCAACGUUGUAUCUCCCGGACCCAUUGCAACCGAUAUGACCAUGGAGGGAACACCUAUUGGGGAAGUCUUGAGGAGUCACCAGGUUGACAAGAGGGAGGGAGAGCCUCGAGAGAUUGCCGAAACUAUUCUGUUUAUUGCAGGUCCUGGGUCUAGCUUUAUCACUGGACAGGUUAUUCCUGUGGAUGGAGGAAUCCAUAUGCCCUAA